UGUUUGUAAUAAACUUUACUUUUAUUAAAGAACUGCAGGUUCUGUGAUUUGGAUAUUGAACAUGGUCGUAUUGCGAUUUCAAUAAUAAUUAAAUUAAUGGUGAAGCCCUGAACAAGAGUCCCAUAAACACUGAAGACGUACCUGUAAUAAACCUGAGACUCUUCAUCAGGAACCCUGCCGUGUUACAAAAAGGAGAAAUAACGUGGAGUAAAUGUUUUUGGGCGUAGCGGUUUAUAAUGUGACUGUUUGUGAGCAAGUGACAAAAACUCCUGGAAAAUGAUUAAAGAGAGUGGGAACGCUGUUUAUCGAUAAGGUUCAGGUCAACAUAUUUACUGGGGUAGAGCUGCUUUAACGAUUAGUUUCAGUGUGUUUUAGUCUGGAAGUAACUUCUCUCAUUGUCUUGUGAAUAAUUCUGAAGUUAGAGACGUCCCACUAACAGACCAAAACCACCAAAAAGUAUUUUAUUGUCAUUGCAGGCUAAGAAGAAUAUAAAAUAUAAACAUUUACCGGCUUCAACGAGAGAAUUUGGGCCAGUUUUGCUUAAAAAUGUCACAAACAUUUAAUCAAAGUAGAAGCUUAUUCGCUCGACUUAAAUGAUAAAAUAGUUCCCGGUUGCAGCUCCGUCUGCUGUCAUUGUUGAACUCCAAACACCGGUGAGGCUUCGUGUGAAAGUCUCUGUGUUGUGACGUGACUUUCACACUAACAGCGUGGUUUUGAGGCGGAGAGGAACCCGUGUUUUGGCUGCGGGUGUCUCUCUGUUAACUCGCUGAUACGAGUCUGAGGUUGCAGUUUAAUCUGAGGUGACACGCGGUAUGUUUGGUGCUAACCGGAAGAAGUUUAUGGAGGGAGGGAUAGAGAGCGACUACGCGGACGACUCCAGCCUCUAUUACACCCAACAGUCCAUGUUCCCUCCACACCGCGCUGACAAAGACAUGUUGGCGUCUUCCUCUGCUUCCUCAACGGGUCAGCUGUCACAGCUCGGAGCCAGUUUAUAUGGCCCGCAGAGUGCUUUGGGGUUUCCCAUGCGGAGUAUGAACAGCAGCGCGGCGCCUCAGUUAAGUCGAAGUGGGUUGAACCAGUCUGCCAGCCAGCUCCCCAGUCACGCCAGUACACAGAACACUGGCUCGAUGCACACGCCUCCCUCGCCGAGCAGAACCGCCUCCGGCUUUAAUCUCGAAUCGUUUGUGCUCGUGUCUCCUCCUCCUCCUCUUCCUUCUCCUCCUCCUCCUCCUCUCUGCAGGGGUAUUUUGCCAAUGAACAGCCGGAGCGUGUUGAACCACAGCCAGCAGGUCGGGGGUCCGACGGGGCAGACGGGCGGGAUGGUUGGGGGAGUAGGAGGAGAGAGGGGAGGCGGCGGUGUCGGAGCGGGGAGGAGCAGCAGCAUGGGGAGCCCCAGCCGGUCGUCACCCAGCAUCAUCGGCAUGCCCAAACAGCAGCAAGCACGGCAGCCUUUCACUAUUAACAGUAUGUCAGGGUUUGGGGUGAACAGGAAUCCAGGCUUCAACAUGAACAACUCCCUAUCCAACAACAUCUUUAAUGGCACAGACGGCAGCGAGAAUGUGACGGGGUUGGACCUGUCAGACUUCCCAGCGUUAGCGGACCGGAGUCGGAGGGACGGAGGCUCGAAUCCCACCCCGCUGCUCAACCCGCUGGCCGGUCGGGCUCCCUACGGUGAGAGAAACCUCUUUGGCAUGGUAACCAAGCCGUCCAGUGAACAGUCGCAGGACUUCUCCAUCCAUAACGAAGAUUUCCCAGCUCUCCCUGGGCCAAACUACCAAACAAAAGACCCCACCAGCACCAACGAAGACAGCAAAACGGACUUCUUUUUCCCUCCGUUUCUGUCCAAUCAGAAUCUGAACUCAUCAGGGAAGCCCACCUCUAACUCAGACGGUCCAAAGUUCCCCGGCGACAAGAGCUCCGCACCGAGCAACAACAACCAGCAGAAGAAAGGGAUUCAGGUGCUUCCUGACGGGCGUGUGACCAACAUCCCGGUCGGCAUGGUAACAGACCAGUUUGGGAUGAUCGGCUUGCUGACUUUCAUCCGGGCAGCAGAGACGGACCCCGGCAUGGUCCACCUGGCGCUGGGCUCCGACCUCACCACGCUCGGCCUCAACCUCAACUCACCUGAGAAUCUCUAUCCUAAGUUUGCGUCUCCCUGGGCGUCGGCUCCGUGUCGACCGCAGGACAUAGACUUCCACGUCCCCUCAGAGUAUUUAACCAACAUCCACAUAAGGGACAAGUUAGCAGCUAUCAAGUUGUCUCGGUAUGGUGAAGAUCUGCUGUUUUAUCUCUACUAUAUGAACGGAGGAGACCUAUUACAACUCCUGGCUGCAGUAGAACUGUUUAACAGGGACUGGAGGUACCAUAAAGAGGAGCGGGUUUGGAUCACCCGGGCUCCGGGUAUGGAGCCCACGCUGAAGACCAACGCCUACGAGAGAGGGACCUACUACUUCUUCGACUGCCUCAACUGGAGGAAGGUGGCCAAGGAGUUUCAUCUGGAGUAUGACAAACUAGAAGAGCGACCUCACGUUCCCUCCACAUUCAACUACAAUCCUGCCCAGCAGGCCUUCUGAUUGGCUCUACCUCCUCCUGCCUGCCUGCCAUUGGCCCUCCUGGCUCGUCAGUCGUCAGCCGUCUAGGUUUUUCCACCACCACACACUCAAAGUGAAUCUGGCCAUUGAGGACUCGGGACGGGAGAGGACGUCCUGGCUCCUGCUCGCCCAAACACUUCACUGAAUAGACUUUAUGAUUUUAACUUUUCUAAAUUUUUGUUUGUUCUUUACCUCAUUUUCUUUCUUUUUUUUAUUUCCCCACCCCUCCCUCCAUGAGUUUGGUUUGGUUGGUCUGUUAUGUGGAGCACAGACUUAAUGUCAACAGACAACACACACCGACACGAGCGCUGUAAAUAACUGUCCAUCUGAUCGAGUGAUUCAUGUUUCUAUUCAGUCUUAAGAAUUGACUAUUUUUUGUCUAGAGAAGCUUUUAAGAAGAACCAGAUUUUAACACAGAAUAAAAUCACCUGUCAGGAUGGAUAAUUAUUUCGUGCACACAUUGUGUCACACCCCCUCUGAGCUUUUGGCGGGAAGUGAAAAUAUUUAUCUCUUACUUUUACCAGGUUGUUUUCCAGCAUUACAAAUCAGAACUCACACAUCAGCAGACAGACAGCGGAGAGUCAGGAGAGGAAAUGCAAUGUACAUUGUAGCACUAUUUCAUAAUAAAAGAAGAAAAAAUAUCUUUUAUUUUUAUUUUGGGGUUUGUUGAUGUUAUGUGGCGACGCCUGAAGCAGCGGGUUUAAUUUUAAAGGCUCCUUGUUUUUGACUUAAAGAGGUGAAGCCAGGAACGUCUCUCUGAGUGGGAUGUGUUUGGCAUUUUUAAUUGACUGGCAAAAAGUUUUUCUCAUUUAUUCACCUCUUCUGCCUUUAUUCUAUAUUUUUCUUAGUCAACAAAUCCUAUGUGCAUACCUCUCAAUACUCAAUUAAAACUACAGCUGGUCGCUGUUGUUUUUGGCCUCUUAAAGUCCAGGUGAAACAGAAAUCGGAGCGCUAUCUGCUUCUGUAGGUUUUCAGUUAGUGAGGGAGCUGUCGCAGCUGUAGUGGAUCCAUUAGCGGACUCUGUCGGACUGGGAGCUCCUCAUCUAACAUUACUGUGAGCAACAGUUAGUCCAUCAGGAAACAACAUAAAUCACUUCGGUACCGCUGUCAACAAACUGUCUGUCUGUCUCCAGGGUUGUGUGAUGUGAUCUUAGAGGGUUAAACUGACAUUUUUAAUUUCACCUGGACUUUAAAACGAAGACAACACGCGACCGCUCGCUGCAGAUUCAGGCUUCAGUGUAGUCUCGAGCUGUGAGCGUUUUUUUCCCUUUCAGAUCGAUUGAUUGAUCUAUUUUUAGGAUUUUUAGAAGCCUGAUAAGGUGAAAGUAUCCAAGAGAAAACAAACGUUUGGUGUUUUUCUUUCGUACGGCAGCAUAUUGCAGCCACGCCAGAAACAGAAAAACUUGUUGUAACGGAUGGUUUUCACAUUAUUACGACAUACAAACUUACAACCACGUUGUCACAUGAAACGUUUGACGCUACAACAGGAUAAAUAGUAAUAAAAAUGUUAGCACAUCCCUCUCACAUUGACACAGCUCUCUCCCAGUUUUCAUCUUUGUUUAUUUCAUCCCGACAUUACAGCUCCCUCCCUCUGCCAGUGGAGCUCCCUCUUUCUUUUAAUAUUUAACUCCUUUUUUUGUUUAAGUUCUUCUACUUUUCUUAUCACCUCCCUCAUUUAUUGUCUUUAUCUUCUGCCCGGCAACAGUCGAACCAAUCAGACUGCUGGAGUGACCUCUCGCAGGAUCGUUAAGGGACACGUUCACAUUUUGAGAAAUACACGUAUUCGCUUUCUCUGAGAGUUGGAUGAGAAGAUUUUCAUUUAAAUAUCACAAUUUUUAUCUUUUUAUCAAUUAAAAAAAACAAUCUUAAGCGUAGUUUAAAUGUUCUUCUUGUUGCUGUCAUUGCUUUAAAACAGUGGUUCCCAACCUUUUUCCUUCAGCUGACUCAGUGACAUUUUAUAGAUAUUUCAUAUUAUAUUCAAACUGAACAAUGAACCCAAACAGUGAGUCAGUAACUGCAGGAAGUUUGUGUAAAACCAGAGAUUUGGAUGAAUUUUGAGCAGAUUAUUUCCUGUUUAGGGAACUUUUUAUACAAUUCUGUCUGUAUUCUGUAUUUUUUGAUAGUUUUUAACAAUCAAACAGACUUAACAGGAUUCUUUUUUGACAAAUUUCAGUAUUUUCUUGUUAUUGUUCUAUUAGACUUUACAUUUACUUUACUUCCCAGAAGUGAACCAAAUCCUUUAGUACAGGCCUACUGUGUAUAUUUUUUAAUUUUUAUUACACCCCUUAAAAUCAAGAAAAGCUUCGGUGACCCCUCGUGGGGCCCCUGACCCCCAGGUUGGGAACCACUGCCUUAAAGCAGCGUGGCUCCUGGCUCCUCAGUCGCUGCUAACGCUAGCUCUCGGAGUCGGAAAAUAGAGCAGAAACAAAUUCAGCCGAUCUCGUUGGUUUUGAAACUAAUCAUGACCCCAAGAAUCAUGUUGAAUCAUGGGAUACCGAAAGAUUGACACCCCUAGAAGAUGAAUCUCUCCCUUAGUGAACUAAAUAAGUUUAGCGUAAUAUUUAUCAUACGGUCAUGAGAGCGGUAUCAAUCGUCUCCUCUAACUCUCUGCAAGAAAGCCAACGAGCGUGUUUCCUAAAAUGUCGACAUUUCCUUUUUAAAGAUCAUUUUCACUCCACCCAAAAAAAAAUCCCAUUUUUUUUUAGUAUAAAUAUCGUAAAUAAUUCGCUUUUCGUUAUUUUUAAGUUUCCUCCAGGAGGCACCAAUGUACAGGUGUGUGUGUGUGUGUGUGUGUAUUUAAAUAUACACACACACAACGCGGCAGUAUUUUUAAGAAAAAGGGGAAAAACUAAAAAAGAGUCCCGUGUCUGACUCGAGGAGACGCUCCCUCCGCUGGCCGCCAGUAAGCGAUGCAAUACUAGACUUCUCGUUACCACGGAAACCACCAUGGAGACAGUUUACAGGGGACCACGCCCGACUCCGCCGACAGCAACCACCUUUCAGCAACGACGGACGCCGCCGCCGACGUGACUGCGGCGACGUUGGUUGCCGUGACUACAGGGCCCAGCUCGUUCACACUGCAGCAGCAAAAGCCAAGGACACGCCCACAGACCCAUGUGACCCGCUUAAGAAGAUUUGAUUGGAGGAUGAGGACUGAGGCACUUGGCCGUUGGCUGUUUUAAUAAAUAUGGCAGCUAGUGUUUUAAUAGGAAAAAGAAUAAAAUAAAAAUAUUCUGGUAAUGAAACUGAA